AUGGCAUUCGAUUUACUAUCCGGAUCAUCAGAUCCUCCCUUCUCAACCGAGAGGCAGCACAUCGCCAUUGCAGAGGUUGUCAUAUACUCCCUCAUUCACCUCGUACAGUUCAGUACAAGAUAUAUGCAAGAGCAGCGGUACUGGCACCACAAUGAGAACAAGGGUGUUGGACGCUGCACGUUCUAUUCUUGGUGCAGUAUGAUCGGUCUUCUAUCCCAAAUCCGUAUAGCCGAUGCUGCCCUGGUGCUUGCAACUUCGCAUCCAAAUAAGUCACAGCUUAUUGCCGACUCUGCCUUGCGAAGCGUGGGCCUUUCGCCACUCUUGUUUGAAGUCAGUUUGGUCAUGUUGCGAUGGUAUGAUAAAAGAGUUCCCUACAUUCGGAGGAUUAUCUGUGCCAUGGGCCGAACGAAUGCUGACACCAUACCUCCGAGCAGUGGACAAUCUGGGGAAAUUGGCCCUGGAAAUUCUAAGUGGACCCAGCGGACACGCUUCGCUUUGCAUUCCUUCCGUUUCCCGGUUUUCAUUGCCAUCAUCAUGGCAGUGGUGGGUGGAUGCAUCGAUAUUCCCGCAUUGGGUAUAGCGGGAUGUAGCGUCCUUCUUGUCACGUUCGUCUAUGUGUGCUGUCUCGUCGGUUGGCUUGCAGUGACAUCGCGAGAGAUCCUUCCCGCGUCUGUUCAUCGUGCUGUGUUGAUCACAUUAUCGACGCUUCCCUUCUUCUUGGUCCGAAUUAUCUAUCUCCUAUUGGGGAAAUAUGGAUCCGCUAAGUUCAACCCCACCACCGGGGAUAUCAGCACCUUCAUCGGAAUGGGAUCACUGAUGGAAAUCCUCAUUGUUAUCCUGCUGCUGACAGCACGUGGUACUGCUGAACCAGUUCGGUUGUUUGGUGACUUCGGGCCUACAGCGUACAAUGACUUGGAAUCACCAGAAGAUUGA